AUGAAUGGAGCUGUGGGAAAGACUUGCUUGCUCAUAUGCUACACCAGCAACAAAUUUCCCACUGACUAUAUUCCAACAGUGUUCGACAACUUUAGUGCCAAUGUGGCCGUCGAUGGCAACAUUGUGAACUUGGGACUGUGGGACACCGCAGGUCAAGAGGAUUACAGCAGAUUGAGGCCACUGAGUUACAGAGGAGCCGACAUAUUUGUAUUGGCCUUCUCUUUAAUCAGUAGGGCCAGUUACGAAAAUGUCCUCAAGAAGUGGAUGCCUGAACUUCGACGUUUUGCUCCUAACGUCCCUAUUGUUCUCGUCGGAACAAAGUUAGAUCUUCGGGAUGAUCGAGGAUAUCUGGCCGACCAUGUCAUUACAACCUCCCAAGGGGAGGAGCUGAGGAAACAAAUUGGUGCAGCAGCUUACAUAGAAUGUAGCUCUAAAACUCAACAGAAUGUGAAAGCUGUGUUCGAUACGGCAAUUAAGGUUGUACUGCAACCUUCUCGGAGGAAAGAAAUGGCUGCACACAAGAAAAGACGCGCCACUGCCUGCUGCUUAAUUGUCAGGGGCAUCGCAUGUGGUGGUUGCAUUGCUUAA